AUGUUUAGACUCUUUAAGGGCUCACGCACCUGGCACAAGACUGCCCAUCUCAAUCCAGCCGAGUGGACUAACUUUGAAUUCGCAAAGAACUGGAGUAACUUAAACAAGAUGUUCAACCUCCGUCAAUAUUAUAUUGAAAUUGCUCCUCCUUUCUCAAAAUACGCUUAUCCAAGAGUCGCUGAAAUGGAGAGACUUGAUGAUGAUUUAGGCUACUACCAUGCAAAGCGCUCUGUUUACCGCUUUAUUGCUUGGCUUAUUUUUUGUGCGUUCAUUUUAGAUUAUGAUAUAUUCGAAUUCCCACUCAGGUCUUGGAGGCAGGACGCUCAAAACAUGCAUGACGUUGGCAAGACUCGCCAGUCUCAUAUGCUGGACAAUAAGUAA